GGACAUUGGCGAAAUCGCCAUUUUUUUUGUAUAAUUUUUAUUACCGUACAUAGUUAUUUUUACUUGACAUUGGCAAAAUCAUUGAUUAUUUCGAUGGGGCCAUCACAUUUAAAAGAAGAAGAAGGGUUUUAGAUUUAGGAACAGUUUUAGAUAAUAACGGCUUUGUGAAUUUGUGAUUCGAAACCAUUCGAAACUAACAUUGGCCCAAGCCUAGUGGCCGCCAUUAAGGAAAUAGAAUAGAAUUUGUGAUUUUUGGCAUCACAAAGUAGAAGUCCUAUUUUUACAAAACUAGCGCACAUGGUCAUUUUUACUUGACAUUGGUGAAAUCAUCGUUUAGCAUAUCUUUACCAUAGCUUUUAAAAGAAGAAGAAGAAGAAGUGAACCAUCUUUCUAAUUUGUGUUGUGAACGUACGUGUUAUGGGAAUAUUAAUAAUAAUUGUACGUACUACGUGCUCUGUAGUAUGGUUGGUUGUAUUGAUUAGUUUAACAUAUUUUUUCAUACAUAGAGAACGAUGGAGAAACUACCAUCUACGUCUGUGGUGUAUCCACUAAUUUUAACGGAAAAGUAUUUCACAGUUUCUGGUAGCAGUACCGGUAACACUAAUAAUAACGACGAUCAAGACAACGUCCAAGCGACAUGUAUACAAUGUAAAGCUAUCAUCAAAGGUAGUUUGAAAGCAACAAGCAAUUUUAGAUUGCAUUUAAAGCGAAAGCACCCUGAUAUUCUUAGCAAAUAUGAGGAAGAUAAAGUAAAGCAAGGUAUAACUGGUAAAAGACAGAAAUUGUUAAAAAUUGAAGAAACAAAUUCAAAAUUGAAACAAAAACAACUUGAUUUUAAAUCACAGUCACAGAAGAGUACUCAGAAAAAGCUAGAUGAUAAUAUCAUUAAUUACAUUAUACAGAGUAUGAAACCACUUAGCACAGUGGAUGACCCCAAUUUUGUGAAAAUGUUUUCUGACCUUUCAGAAAAUUUACAUGUAAUGUCUAGACGAACACUAGGACGAAAAAUUGAAAUGUCCCAAAAAGAACUAACAGAAAAACUAAUAAACAUUUUGAGUAAUUUGGACUAUGUAUCAACUACUGCAGACAUAUGGUCAACAAAAACUAGAAGCUUCCUUGGUGUAACUGCACACUGGAUUGAUAAAAAUACACUUAAACGCAUGAGUUGUGUAUUAUCUUUUGAUCGCUUCAAAGGGUCACAUACGUAUGAUAAAAUUGCUGAGAUGCUAUUUGAAAUACAGUCUUUGUUUAAAUUAAAACUUGAACAAGUGGUGUCAACAACUACUGACAAUGGGUCAAAUUUUGUGAAGGCUUUUAGAGAAUUUGGCGUUACUAACUAUAUACCUGAUUUUUCUGAUGGUGAUGCUGACCUUGCAGAUACUGCGGAAGUUGUUAGAACUUCUUCGAGUAUAGCCUCUGACAUUCUAUAUGAUGAGGUUCUGUUACCUCACAACUCAAUUGAGGAAAUAACAACUAGGGAAUUAUAUUUACCCAGGCACCUUAGAUGUGCUAGCCACACAUUAAGUCUUUUGGCCACUACAGACAUGAAUAAUUACAUAAAAGAAUCUCCCAUUAGCAGGGUUCAUUACUCAGCAAUAGCAAAAUGUACUUUGCUCUGGAAUAUGUCCAGAAGGCCCAAGUCUGCAGAAAUAAUACAAGAAUGUCUUGGGAAUCAAUUGGUAUAUCCGUGUCCUACAAGGUGGAAUUCGCUGUAUGAUUCAAUUGUCCAACUUAUGAAAACAAAAUCAAAAUUAAAUGAUUUAUUUGAUAAGUUGGGGAAGACCAACGCUUUCUCGGCUAUAGAACUGGAAUACCUUGAAGAAUUUGUAGAGGUACUUAAACCGAUUGCAACAGCUUUAGAUUACAUUCAGGGCAAUAAUUGUUAUUAUGGUAAACUUCUGCCUAGCUUAAUGUCUGUAAGAACUAGAUUAGAAAGGUUACAGGGCAACAAUUUAAGACAUUUUUCUGGAGUUGUAUCUAAAUUGAAAGACAGCUUAGAAAAGAGGUUUGAUAACUUUUUUAAACUAUCUCCCGAAGUUAAUGAAGCCAUAUUGGCAUCCUGCUAUCACCCUGCCUAUAAAAUGCGUUGGCUGCCAGAAUCUACCACGUCCGAAGAAAAGCAAAGGAUACAAAAUCUUGCCAUUUACGCUUUAGAGGCUAAUUUUAAAAAGCAUGAAGAGGGAAGUAGAAGAAGCAGCAAUACAAGUAAAGAAGAUGAUGAUUUUAUUAUUUUUAUAAAUAGUGACAGUGAUCGGCCACAAACAUCAAAAAUGGAAUUAGAGCUAGUGAGCUUUCUAAAUGAAAAAAGUAAAGAGCUAACUAUUCUUGAACAUUACCCAAACAUAAAACAAGUUUUCAUAAAAUUUAAUACGAGUCUGUGUUCUUCCGGACCAGUAGAGAGAUUAUUCUCUUUAGCAGGGUUUAUACAUUCUCCGACGAGAGGAUGUUUAUCUGAUAGCACUUUCAAAAGACUAGUUUUCUUGAAAGGGAAUUCUUUUUUAAAUAAUUAAAAACUACCUUUUUGAGCAACUGUGUUAAAAAUAACUAUUUCGUAUUAAAGUUCGUA